AAAGUUCGUCGGCUUGGGGCUCAUGGACAAGGGCAAUGAUUGUAAUAUCUCCACACGCUGAGUCUAAAAUAGUAACCUCGUGAGAUUCAUGCGUUAACGACCUAUUUGUCAUCUCCAGCGUUAGAGGAAAAACAAAUUCGCAGUUCUCUCCUUCCCAACGAAAACCCUAGAGCCAAGUCUCCAGCUUAAACGAAUCCUAGCCGCAGAUUUCUCGAUUUACGGUCAAUAUCUCCCCAACCCUGUUGCUGCCUUUAUUAGUGCUGAGACCUGAUAGUGCGAUAUUUCACGCACUCUCCAAUUUGCUUCUCCUCUGUCAUCACCUUCUUCCAUCUACGAGCUGCUUCAACCACAAAAAUGGCGGUCGGCUUCGCCGGUCAGGAGCUCAAAGUUUGCAACUUUUACCUCGUAUUUUAGAAAUUGAUACUAUGAUUCAUGGUUUUGAGUUCACUGAGGUUCUUAAGCUGUUGCAUUUACUAUGAUAUCGGAUGUGGGGAUGACGGCGAUGAUCGGCGGCGGCGGUGAGGUUUUUAAUAACGAUGAUCUCGGCAUUUACCGCAGCGGUUCUGCUCUGCCGACCGUGGAGGGCUCGAUGACGGUUAUGAACGGGUUGUUCACCGGCGAUGCUUCACGCUUCGGGGCCCUCACGGAGGAAGAUGUCCGAUAUGAUCCAGCGCAUCUCUCCUACUACUACUCCAAGUCGAAUCUGAACCCGAGGCUUCCGCCGCCGGUGAUAUCCAAGGAGGACUGGAGGUUUGCGCAGAGGUUUCAGUCUGGGAGCUCCGCGGUAGGUGGAAUUGGAGAUAGGAUGAAGAUUGAUAGGGUUGAGGAAGAGGGUAAGAGGUCAUUGUUUUCAAUGCAGCCUGGAUUUGUUGUGAAGGAAGAGGAUGAAGAGGAGGAUUCUCUGUUGGUGCUGGGUUCAGGUGAGUGGCUGGAGAAAAGAGGGGAUGGGCUGAGUGGUUUGACUGGGUUGACGGCUGGCCGGCAGAGGACCUUUGCUGAUCUCUUUCAGAAUAAUCAGAGAGAAAAAUCCUCCAUCUCCAGCCCUCUGCCUCUCCCAACUAGCCAUAAUGCCUUUGAUGCUGGUAAGCUCCUAAGACCUGGCGAAGCUUGUGCUACAAUACACCAGGAUGUCAGCUUUCCAAAGGAUGCUGCUUCAACAAAACCUACACUUGCACCUCUUUUAGGCCCAUCUCUUUCAAGGAAUAAUAGUCCUGAUCCUCAGUUGGCAGCAAGGGUUCAUAAAACUCAUGUUCCCCCUAUAGGUGUAAAGAUAGGUAAUGGUGACCAGAAAAAUACUCCAUCAAACUACUUAGAUAGGAAAUCGUCAGGUUUAAUGGAUCCUGAUGAUCUCAUAGCAGCAUUAUCAGACAUAGUUUUGUCUAAUGAAAAUAUCAUGAGACAGUUUGGUCUACAAAAGGAAGGCGAUGAUGACCCUCAUAACUCUCUCUUCAAUUUGCAAGGUAUGAAAAACCAUAGUAAUAAGCACUCUUCCGUUCAAAAAACUGAUUCUGGACAACAAAAUAUUUCAUCUGCAAACCAAUCGGCCAAUGCCUCAUUUCCUGAUCUGGUUAGGAAUUGUCCUGCCUCAGUGUAUUUUAACAAUCCAGAAGAGAGACCCCAUAAACAGUUCGAAAUGAAUAGAUCUUCUCUCCCCUCCAAUAGCCCAUAUGUGAACGGACCUUCUGCUCCUGUUGGUAAUUCAGUUGUUUCUCUUGUUCAGUCUCCAAGCAGCACAGAUGGCUCUAAUGCUUCAUUUAAAAGCUAUGGAAUGAGUGGACAUUCAGUGAAUGGAUUAGAUUCAAUGAUGGGAAAUCAUGUUGCUGCUACCAAUAUGCCACCUCUGUUUGAGAAUUCUGAUGCAGCCUAUGGAUUUGAUUCACUUGGUAUGGAAACUAGGGUCCUUGGAGGCGGUCCUUCAUCUGGAGCAAAUUGGAAUCCGUUGAAUUUGGAAAGUCUUAAUAAAAUUGGACGUCAAACACCCUCUGCCUUUCAUUUACCAUGUCUUGAUCCUUAUUUUAUUCAAUACUUAAGCGCAUUUCAAGCUUCAACAAACAGUAAUGAAACUUCAUUGGAGAUGGGCUGCAUGAGUAAUUCUUAUGCGGAGUUGCUAGAGAUGAAGAAAGCUCAUCUAGGAACAGUGUUUCAACCACAACAUCACCUUGGCUUGCGAUUUUUUGGUAAAUCUGGUUAUUAUGGGAAUCCUGCUUGUAGUCUAGGUAUGUCUUAUCCAAGACAUCCCGUGGCAAGCCCUGUUCUCCAUGCAUCUCCUGUUGGACCAAGUAGUCCUUCGAGACAUGGCGGACCAAACAUGCAUUUUCCUACUAGCAUGAGAAACUUUUCUGGAAAUGCCAUGGGUUCUUGGCAUUUGGAUAAUGGUGGCCAUAUGAAUGGUGGUCAUGAAUCCUCACUUCUGGAGGAGUUGAAAAACAACAAGGCAAACUGUUUUGAACUUUCAGAUAUUGCUGGUCAUGUUGUUGAGUUCAGUGCUGAUCAGUAUGGGAGCCGAUUUAUACAGCAGAAGCUUGAAACUGCUACUGCGAUAGAGAAAGAUAUGUUUUUUGUUGAAAUAUUGCCUCAAGCAUUUUCACUAAUGACUGAUGUGUUCGGAAAUUAUGUAGCCCAAAAGUUUUUUGAUCACGGAUCGGCUGCUCAGAGAAGGGAAUUGGCUGACCAACUUACAGGGCAUAUAUUAACACUCAGUCUUCAGAUGUAUGGCUGUCGAGUAAUCCAAAAGGUAUGGUAGUUAAUAUAGUCCACAAGAUCAUAACUUGUUCUUAUUUAUUAAAAAAACAAUUUACUAUUGGUUUCUCUUUCAUUUAUGUUAUAUAGAUUAUUUGAAGGCGUGCAAGUUGUUGUUUUCAGUAGAUAUUUCUUUACUCAACAUAGCAUACAGUAACGAUGCCUCUAGCACCUUUUUGUUGGAAAGUAACAUUUUAUUGUGUUCUUGACCUUGGAAACUGUGAUUCAUUGAUGAAUACAUGUGUGAAUUGUGAUAUAAUAUGGACAGUGGAGCAACUCAUAAUUUCAUCUCAAAUUAGGUCGUAGAACAAUUGGGGGUGAAAUUGAUGGACACGUGGUGUUAUGGAGUAAUGAUGGGCACUGAAAAUGUGGAGACGAGUAGAGGAUUAUGUAAGGGGUGGUUUUGACGAUACAAGGGUUUCAGGUGAGAGAGAAUUUCCUCCCAUUGGAGUUGGGGAGCACUUAUGUCAUAUUGGGGAUGAAAUGACUACAGACCUUGGGGGAUACUUGUCACACCCCAACCCUGAUCAGGAUAGAUCCCAUCGUGUUGAGCUGUGAUGGGCAAUUGCCAAGAUCUAGUUUUGAAAUAUUUUUAGUCUCUUCCAAUUUCAUUUUAAAUAAAAUUACAAACAACAGGGCUACUAAAAUAUUCAAAUAUUGAAAAUAAAUUCAUCCAUAAAGUUUCUUUCAUUUCAUCAAAAUAAAUAUAUACAAUAUAGUACAUGACUACAAGUAAGAGCUAUAGAACCAAAAAUUUAACUAGCCACCACUGUACAAAAAUCAAAAUAGUAAAAUAUCUAUCAACUCAGAUUUGAUCUUGAACUGCUAAUCAACAGUCUCCUUCCCUUUUCGAGACUCUAAAAAUCACAAGCAACUAACAGUGAGCUACAACAGUGUGGGCUUCGAAAAUUCAACCCCGGCCUUCGCCCGCUGUGAUUUUUCUUCGGGAGAAGUUUUAACAGAUUAAGUUCCGGGGUAAAUUUUGGAAGGCGGAUGAGGUUGUAGAUAAGAAACUGUUAGACCGGCCCAUCCUGGGCCGGUUGGACCGGUCCAACAGGGACCGGUCCAAUUCUACGCGAGGCGGAGACGGACGGGUCGGGCGGAAGGCGCGAUCCGCGUGGAGCUGGAGGGGGAAAGUUAGGAGGGAAAUUUUGAACGUGUGAAGCUGUUUUAGGAAGUUUAUGAUUGUCCUUUAUUGUCCUUUAUGAUUAAUUCUGUAUAAUUAGGAGUUUGGGGGGAAAAAGGGGGGUAUCUUGAAUUUGAGUUUUCUCUCUGAGAUCUAGGUUU